AUGGACUGCCUGUACGUGGCCGUCGCCACCUGGUGCUACCCGGCUUGCUAUACAAUGGGCAUCCGGGACUGGGACUUCGUGGAGCCGAGGAACGAGAGGACGCUCAAGGCGGCCGUGGCGGAAAGGUUGCGCGCCUCCGCUAGCAGUAUCAGGAUUCAGGAUGUCUCCAACAACGGCCCGUAUUUUGGGCAGCCUCUAUUUGUUUGGAUCCGUUUGCGGCAGGCGAAGGAUAUGGAAGAGGCCCAGGCCUAUGGACUACCUGCACAUGGUCGUCGACAAGUGCUAUGCGGCUCGCUAUACGAUGGGUAUUUGGGACUGGGACUUCAUGAGGCCGAGGAACGAGAGGACACUCAAAAGGUGGCCAUGGCGGAACGGCCUGUUGUUGUGGCAUUGAACGGGAACAUCACGGAGUUUUAUAACUACAGAGGUGGUGUGUUCAGAGGGUCGUGCACCGCGCACCUCACUCACGCAAUGCUACUAGUGGGUUACAACACCACCGUAGAGGGCGACCCAUACGAUGAGCCUAUCGGCGCCGACUUCUGGAUUCUGAAGAAUUUGUGGUCGACGACAUGGGGGGAGGCCUGGUACAUGAGGCUCCUGCGGGGGAUUGAAGCGGAUGGGGGAGUCUACGGAGUGAUGCUUCGUUCGGUGUAUCCAAUGGAUGCAGUUGACAUCAUUGAAAAUUAA